CAAGACAAACUUUGAAACCACCAUAAAAGGAUUGCAAGGGCUGUCUUCAAAGCCCUUCUGUUGCAGUCUCCUCUCUUGCUUUAAGCAUUUGCACUACGACAAAUAAGAUCCCUUCGACUUCGAGAGAUAGCCACCAAUAUGGUUCUUUUCAUAAAGAAAAAAAAAGUGAAGACCCCGUCCAUUCCCAGGCCUCUCUUACACGGCAAGAGAUUACUGGGUGAUGAUCUUCGAGUUCGCGACUCCCCGGAAUCAUCCAUUGCUGCUAAACACGCUGUCAUAGUUAUGAAUGGCCCCAGAGAGUUCACCACAGAACUUCUCGAGUGGGCACUUGAAAACAUCAUGGCUUCUGGGGCUGGUUAUACCGUCACUCUGCUCGGAGUUAUGCCAUGGCUCAACAUCCCCUAUACAUGGAGUUGUGGCUCAGAAGUUGUGAUGGGGUAUCCCCUUCCAUGGCUUGUCGUCGAAAGAAUCAUAAAACUUCGGGCAACAUGGGUCGUCUUUGACAGGGAUCUGAGAAAGAACAGAGAAUUCUUUGCGGAAAAAAUUCCAUGUAAUGUGGUGAUGAUGAAUGGGGAGGGAGGCGUGGACAUGAUAAAGGGGCAACCGAUGAUUGACAACGGGAGUGCUGCUCCCCAGGUGAGUCCCCGGCUUCUUCGAUGCCUACUCCAGUGUUGAUUAUACAUGAUCGUUUGAAGCAAAUUCUUGAAGAAGAAGAAGAAGAACCAGAGGAAAACAAUUGAAUUCCUCCUCUCUUUACCUGAUUCUUUCUCAUUUGCUGUGAUAAUUUCUUAAUGCAAUAAAGCAAGCUAAUACAAAAAUAUGUGUAUG